CCAUCUCUACAUAGCACCCUCCCUCCCUCCAUCCAUCUCUACAAAGCACCCUCCCUCCCUCAUCAUGCAUUCCUCCACCUCCAUCACAUCCCUCUUCUCCUUCACCAGCCCUGCAGUGAAGAGGCUUCUGGGAUGGAAACAAGGGGAUGAAGAGGAGAAGUGGGCAGAGAAGGCUGUGGACUCUCUGGUCAAGAAACUAAAGAAGAAGAAGGGAGCGAUGGAGGAGCUGGAGAAGGCCCUCAGCUGUCCCGGACAACCCAGUAAGUGUGUGACCAUCCCUCGGUCUCUGGACGGUCGUCUCCAGGUGUCUCACAGGAAGGGUCUACCCCACGUUAUCUACUGCAGAGUGUGGAGGUGGCCCGACCUACAGUCUCAUCACGAACUAAAGGCCUUGGAGUGCUGCGAAUUCGCCUUCGGAUCCAAACAGAAAGACAUCUGUAUCAACCCCUACCACUACAGACGGGUAGAGACACCAGUGCUUCCCCCAGUGUUGGUCCCCCGCCACAGUGAGUUUAACCCCCAGCACAGUCUACUGGCUAAGUUCCGGAACGCCUCGCUCCACAACGAGCCCCUGAUGCCCCAGAACGCUACAUACCCGGACUCCUUCCCUCCUCUCCCCUGCGCCUCCUUUUCCUCCCCCUCCUCAUCCUCUCUCACCCAGUCCCCCACCUCCGCCAGCUACCCCAACUCUCCCAGCAGCUCAGCCGAACCUACCAGCCCCUACCACAUCACAGACCCCACCUCCCCCUAUAGCAUGAUGGAGACAGUCCCAACUGAGGAUGUCAAGCCUGGAGACUCCACACACAAGCUCACCUUCUCAGCACCGCACAUAGAUCUGCGGCCUGUGUGUUAUGAGGAACCAGAGUACUGGUGUUCAGUGGCGUACUACGAGCUGAAUAAUCGUGUUGGAGAGACGUUCCACGCCUCGUCCCGUAGCGUCCUGGUGGACGGCUUCACCGACCCCUCCAACAACAAGAACCGCUUCUGUCUCGGCCUGUUGUCUAACGUCAACCGCAACUCAACCAUCGAACACACACGCAGGCACAUAGGAAAAGGUGUCCAUCUCUACUACGUGGGUGGUGAGGUGUACGCCGAGUGUCUGAGUGACAGCAGUAUCUUCGUCCAGAGUCGUAACUGUAACUAUCAGCAUGGUUUCCAUGCCACCACCGUGUGUAAGAUCCCCAGCGGCUGUAGUCUGAAGAUCUUCAACAACCAGCUGUUCGCCGAGCUCCUCUCUCAGUCCGUCAACCACGGCUUCGAGGUGGUCUACGAACUCACCAAGAUGUGUACUAUACGCAUGAGCUUUGUCAAGGGCUGGGGUGCAGAGUACCACCGACAGGAUGUCACCAGCACCCCCUGCUGGAUAGAGGUGCACCUGCACGGCCCUCUGCAGUGGCUGGACAAAGUCCUCACACAGAUGGGCUCUCCUCAUAACCCCAUCUCCUCCGUGUCCUAACAUAUACAUACACACACACACACACAGAGAUGUGGUCUGUCCUAAAACACACACACACACACACA